AUCGCACCUCCAACCUACACCGAGGCCGACAUCUACCCGACGAUCCCGGAUCCGAGCUGCGAGCCCGGGUGGCCCCUGGCAUGCUAUUGGCCCGUUUUCGUCGCCAAUUUCCGGCUGGACGAUUUAGCGGAACAGCCUCGGAACGCCCAAAUAGCGAGUUACUUCGCCGCGAAGGGCUUGCUGACCCGGAUGAUCUACAUACGGGGAUCGAUCACCAGAUAUCAACAGCAGUCGAUGCUGCUGGACAUGCUGGUUUACUUUACCUGCGAGGAGGAUGCGGCCCGGGCGAUCCGGUUGUGCCACCGGGAGAGUUACUACGGCCACCUGCUGAACGUGUGGCCCGGUCGGACGCCGGUCUAUUUCGACGUGUCACGAUCGGUUGGAUUUGGGCUAAUGAAAAAUUACGUUGCGGAAAAAUCGGACACGAUCGUCGAACUGAUUUUACGCAAGCAUCACGGACCAUGCGUCGAAACUGUGGCCAGGUUCAGCGAGUGCGAUGUGGUCGUGGAGUUUGCCAACGCCAAGUCGAUGUGGGCGGCGAUUCGUUACACCCAGUUUUGGAUGCCGAAGGUGCUGACGCAGGCGACCCAGAAGCAACGUUUUCUGGAACGGGACGUUGGGCCGGAAUUGCUGCAGAUGAUAGCGGAUAACCCAGGCUUCCUGGACAUGGUUCCUCCAAAGGAGGUGCUUCAGGAGCUGUUGACCGGCAGGAUCCCCGCCGUGGACAAAUCUUGGGAGCAUGCGGCCAAACCGAGAGCUAUUCCGGAUGAUAUCAAGACUAGGUACAAAUUGUCGAGACAAAGAAAAAAGGACCAAUUGAAACGGAACUACCAAAGAAAGCGCCAAGGUGGCGAACGUGGCAACGUACUGCUGGAAGGCGCUCCACCGGAAAAGAAAGCGGCAAACUUCAAGGAAAAACGAGCCAAAGUUAGACAGGAAGUCGAUCGAAUCCUGGGCAAUGGUCCAUCCGCAGCGGACAGGUUCAAGUUUUCCAUGCUGAACAAGAGGAACAAAUACAUCAUGCUAAGGCAAGCGAUGCUGGCUGCGGUGGGGCAAAUGGUGCCCAAAAGCACUUCGAACGAGGAAAUGGAUCUGUUCUACAAGAUGUUGGCCUUGGAAGAGGAGUUGAUGGAUUUGUUACCGCAGUGCGAGGAACACUUUGGUUGUCUUCAAUUGGAGAAAGGUCUCUCGAGUGCGGUUCUAUUUGCGGGCUACCACCUUCCCUUCCCGGAGUGUCCUACGCCGGAAAGUGUGGAACAAUUCCACGAAGACAUCCAACCCCCUAACGGCCCAAUCACGUAUCCACCCUCCACGGUCAUCCCAACGGUUCGUCGCUACUCGGCGGCAGAUCUGCUACCGACCGCCCUCGACUCGAGCUGUGAGCCCAGCUGGCCGUUAGCGAACCUUUGGCCGGUUUACGUGGAGAACUUUCGGCUCAACACGCUGAACGUGGCGCUUCGCAACGAACAGAUUCACAACUAUUUUGCCGCCAAAGGGCUGCUGGCCACGCGAAUCUUCAUCCACGACCUUCCGAAACAGCCCUUCUUUGUUUGGUAUCAGAAGAAGGCCAUGGUGCUGGACAUGUUGGUUUAUUUUACCUCCCAGGACGAUGCCGAUAAAGCAAUCCAGUUGUGCCACCGCGAUAGCUACUACGGUCACUACUUGAACGUAUUCCCAGGGCGCCGGCCCGUUUUCCACGACGCCGAACGCUCCGGUCAAACAGAGAUCACAUUUCAGCCGCAGAUGAAAAUUGCCGAACACCCGCGGCUGAUCUCGUCAACCUACUUCGAAGAAAACAUCCUGGAAGCGCUCCCGCAGGACAUUUCCUGCAUUACCAGACCCGAGAAACGGUUUGUAAUCUUCGAAUACGUCCAGCGUGACCGACUGGAAGCCACCCUGCCACGACUAGCCGAAGAUGUCCACCGUAAAGCUCGCUUCCUAACCAAGCCAAGGCGAAAGCAACGCUACCUAGAGUCAGACAUGCGAGAUCACAUCUUGGAACAGCUUCUCGGCGAUCCGCUCUUUAUCACUGCGCAACCCAAGCCCGAGUUGCUGGAAGCGUUGCUUGCCGGAGGCGUACCGGCGGCGCUGCUCAACUGGAACUGGUUCGGUUGGCCCGGUCCGCGAAAGCUGGGAAUGCACUUGAAGCUCUGUGCCAAGAUCGGCGAGGUUAAAAAAAGCAUUGCGGAAGUGCUGCUGGUUUGGAAGGAUAUGCAGAGUGAAAUUUUCAGAACUGGCCAAUAACAUAUUAAGAAAAUAUUUAACGAUGAAUUUCAUAAAUACAUUUGGAUUAGUUAUUUUACGUUAAAUAAAGCAUUCAUUUCGCCACAUUGACAA